CUUAAUAGUUAUUUGAUAUAAAUAUUUAAAACAUUUUAUAUUUUCGAAGUUUAUUAUCUUCUUUCUCGGUGAUAAAAAAAAUUCUGAACCAAUCAUAGAAUAUUUUGAGUGGGGAGAAAAAAAGAUCAUCUGGAGUAUACUCCGAUUGUAUACCGACACAUCUAUUGGAUUCUUCGAACAAUCACCAUGGCUGGCUUUAAAACUGGUAAAUUAAUAAUUGAGGGAAAAACCAAACAAGUUUUUGAACUUGUUGAUGAUCCAUCGUUAUGUCUUCUGAUAAGCAAAGAUCGUAUUACCGCUGGUGACGGUGUUAAAGCUCAUGAUUUAGAAGGAAAGGCUGCUAUUAGCAAUGCCACGAAUGCUAAAGUGUUUGAAUUACUUAAUAAGGCAGGAUUGAAAACUGCUUUUGUCAAAGUUGCUGGAGAAAAUGCUUUUAUUUCUAAAAAAUGUCAAAUGGUUCCUAUUGAAUGGGUUACUAGACGACUGGCUACUGGUAGCUUUCUAAAAAGACAUCCAGGUGUACCUGAAGGAUACAAAUUUACUCCUCCCCUUCAGGAGACUUUCUAUAAGGAUGAUGCUAAUCAUGAUCCCCAAUGGUCUGAGCAACAAAUAAUUUCGGCUCAAUUUAAACUAAAUGGAGUAACGAUUGGAAGAGAUGAAGUUGAUAUAAUGCAACAAACGACUUUGGCGGUGUUUGAAAUUUUAGAAAGAGCCUGGGCUACUCGAGAUUGUGCAUUAAUUGACAUGAAGAUUGAAUUUGGUGUCGAUUGUAAUGGAGAAAUUUUAGUUGCUGAUAUUAUUGAUAGUGAUUCUUGGAGACUCUGGCCAUCUGGUGAUAAACGACUAAUGAAAGACAAACAGGUCUACAGAAAUCUCACUACAGUAACAGACGCUGAUUUAGAUACUGUAAAACGUAAUUUCAAAUGGGUAGCUGACCAGUUAGAGCAUUUAGUUCCACCAGUAAUGUCGAAGGUUGUGAUUCUGAUGGGAUCACCAUCCGAUGAAGAGCACUGCAAGAAAAUCGCUAAACAAGCCACUAAUCUUGGGCUUGAAGCACAACUAAGGGUUACCAGUGCUCAUAAAGGAACAGCUGAAACAUUAAAAAUUGUCGCCGAAUAUGAAAAGGUUGUGUUGAUCGCAGUGGCAGGCAGGAGCAACGGUCUUGGACCAGUACUCUCUGGUAACACUACGUUACCAGUCAUUAACUGUCCACCAGUUAAACCUGACAACGUUGCUCAGGAUAUCUGGUCUUCCUUGAAUAUUCCUUCAGGUCUUGGAUGUACAACAGUUGUAUAUCCAGAAAGUGCUGCUCUUGCUGCUGCUCAAAUCCAUGCUCUGCAUGAUCAUGUUGUUUGGUCACGACUUCGUGCUAAACAGUUAUCAAAUUUCAUCGCACUAAAACAAGCUGACGCAAAACUCAGAAAUCUUCAUCUUUAAUAUUUUUAUGUAAUGCACAAAUAUAUUUUUAUUUUUUUAAUCUGAA